AGUGGAGCCAAGUUGGGGAAACCGAAGUUGGAAAAAAAAAGAGUAGGCAUCGAUUUGUGUGAGGGAAGAGAGAACAACGCUUGCUGAGACCGAUGCAUUCACAAAGUUUAGUCCUCACGAGGCGCAUCGCAUUGAGUUCUUGGCGUGCAUUUUCAACAACUAAGAUGGUCCAGAUCAAGGAAGGUGACAAGCUCCCCAGUGCGGAUCUGUUUGAAGACUCCCCAGCCAAUAAGGUUAACACCGGAGAUCUCUGCCGCAACAAGAAGGUCAUCCUUUUUGCCGUUCCCGGCGCCUUUACACCCGGCUGCUCCAAGACUCAUCUCCCAGGCUACGUGGAGAAGGCAGAUGACCUCAAAGGGCAGGGCGUGUCGGAGAUUGUCUGCAUCUCCGUCAAUGAUCCCUUUGUGAUGUCAGCCUGGGGUAAGGAACACUCUGCUGGGGGCAAAGUUCGCAUGCUUGCUGACCCCAGUGGUGCAUUUACAAAGGCCGUGGAUUUGGGUGUUGAUCUCCCCCCAUUGGGAGGUUUUCGCUCCAAACGCUACUCCAUGGUCAUAGACGAUGGGGUUGUGACAUCACUCAACGUGGAGCCCGAUGGCACAGGACUCACCUGUUCCCUGGCUGAUAAGCUAAAGCUCAAGUAGAUCAACUACUCCUCCUCAUGCACCAGAAGACCUAAAUUAAAUUUUUGAAGAAGAAAAAAAAAUGGGUCCACCUCUCAAAUGCCUAGAAGUGCAGCCUUUUUCCCCGCAAUCACGUAGGAUUUAUCCCUAAAUUUCUAGAUUAAAAAUGGAAGAACCUUUCUCACUGUGAAAAUUCUCAUGAAUAUCAAUGAAUUCUACUUAUAUUUUAGAGAGAGAAAUGAAUUUAUUACUUGCAAUUCGAAUACAACUUCACGAAAAAUAAAGCGUUCUGAUUCUAAAACACUA